CUCGGUUCUCUCUGUCCUUCCUUCCCGCCCUGACGAACCUGUAAGUUCGUAAAAUCCAUCUAUUCAUCGUAUACAUGAAAGCGUAUUCCAUGGCAUAUUCAAAAGGAAGAGAUUUUUUGUUCUGCGGCUUGUGUGGGACAAUGCUAACUUUAGAUUCGACUAAAUAUGCUAAAUGUCCUUUGUGCUAUUAUAAGCGAAACAUAAAAGAAAUUUCUGGAAGAGAAAUAUCUUAUAGAGUCAGUGCCGAGGACAUAAGAAGGGAGUUGGGCAUAUCACAUUUUGAUGAAGGGAAGGUGCAAAAGUCUAAGAUCAACAAGCAAUGUGAAAGAUGUCCGAGUACAGAACUUUUAUAUUUCAGCAGACAAAUGAGAUCAGCUGAUGAAGGCCAGACUACCUUCUAUGAGUGCCCCAAAUGUGGGUAUACAUUCUCUGAGAAUUAGUAACUCAUCAGAUAUGAGACUUUUCAUUCUUAGCCAAUCGUUGGCACUUUCUUCUUGGUUUGAAGGCCAGUUGAAUCAAUUGCAGGCAGAGAAAUCAUUCUAUUUUAUGUUGUAUUAUGUCAUUAGUAUCCUUAAUGUUGUUAAACUUACAGAUGUGUGCAAUUGAUUCGGCUAUAAGUUUUGAGUU